AUGAUCACCUACUCCAUAGUGGGAAAGAGCACAAGAGCUGUGCAGAGUGAACGUGAGCCGUCUGAUAACUCGACUGUGGACGCAGAAGAGGAUGGGGAUGACGCGGGGGUAGCUGAAAGUGCGGACGUUGAACUGUCAUCGAAAGAAACGCAAACAGACCACGCCGAUUUUUUGCAAGUUCACGACGUUUAUAGUAACUACAACGCCGAAACUCCUUCAGCUUCUGAGCCGGAGCUUGGUCGAAUUGUGGACCAUCUUGUUGGCAUAUACGAAACUUUGAUGAAUUUAUCCGAUAACAAUAGUGGUUUCUCCCCAGCUGAAAGUCGGGUUGAAUUCGCAAAUGCCUUUAAGGACCCACUAAUCAUUUGCAAUCGUACAAAAGUCAUACCGACUGGUGAACGCAUUGCAACCCUUGCCGAUUCAUUGUUUGACUGGAGGCGAUGUUUUUUAUUUUACAUUGAUUUCCUCAAACGAUUCUCUGAUUUUUUAGCCAUGGGCUAUCAGGACCAGAUAAAGUUGGCGAAACGACGGUUUAGCUCGUUCCACUGGUGGUUGGUUAGUAACUGGUCUGCUCAAUGCAACUGUUUGGGGGUAUGUUAUUCCAAUGGUACCUUCUUCCCGCUGGAUGCGUCUCAGCAGUUCUUCCCCGACUUAAGAGGUACUGCUGAAGCGAUGUACACCACGCUGCUAAGGCCACUGCAAGAAUUACGGCUCGACAUUGGCGAACAGUGCAUCGUUUUCGCUAUCCUAAUUUUUGCAGACGAUUUUAAGGACAUGUCACCAGCGACGCAAAUGCAUGCCAAACAGAUGCGGGACAAGUACAUCAGAGCACUGUACCACCACGUCCGCCAGAAGGAUCCAGGCAAAACAAAUGCUGAUAUUGCUUACCGGAUAUCCCGGAUUCUGUUGCUCAUAUCGGCAAUCACGAACCUUACUUUUCUGACCAAUGACAACUUCCAACUUAAUGAUGUUCUACACAUUGUUGAUUUUGGUAAAUGGAGCGAAGAUAUCCGUGACGGAUACAACCAGUUUUGCAGAAAAUGCUGA